AAAGUUCAGUGUUCUCCAGAGAUGAGGCAGAGGUAGAGGCAGAGUCAGAGCUGCAGAUCAGCGGAUAAACACGCAGAAUGCGCCGAGGACCGCGAGUAAAAACGGAGGACCGUGCUAAAGACCGACUUGUGUUUCUGUCCUCGAGCUGCUGCGUACACCAGGUCCAUUGCGUUAUCUGUGUUUACGCGGUGAAAUCUCACAGGAGGUAGUGUUUUAUUGACACUUUCACACGAUCCGAUGUAGAAAGCGGACAAAUGUGCUGUUGCUAUUAUUAUCUGAUGAAACAUUUUUUUGGACCGGAAUAUAAAUUAGUAUCCACUGGGACUUAUUGGUGUAUUUGAGGAUUUUUUUUUUUUUAUCUGCUCCUCAUUCAUAAAAUUCUAUCAUGGAGGGUUCUGCAUUGAAGAUCAUCAUUUUUCUAUGGUGCCAACUCGUGAUUGCAGCCUACAGUUUGGAGAUAAGUGCUUAUGAUUUUGAGAGAGGUAGACCAGCUAAAUGCGAGCCGAUCGUCAUCCCCAUGUGCCAGGGCAUUGGAUAUAACAUGACCCGGAUGCCCAACUUGAUGGAUCAUGACAAUCAAAAGGAGGCAGAGAUUAAGUUGAAUGAAUUCGCCCCGCUGGUGGAGUAUGGCUGUGACGUCCAUUUGCGUUUCUUCCUCUGCUCUCUCUUCGCGCCCAUGUGUGCCGACGAGGUGUCCACAUCCAUUCCUGCCUGUAGACCAAUGUGUGAACAGGCACGUCAGAAGUGCUCUCCUAUUAUGGAGAAGUUUAACUACGCUUGGCCUGAUUCUUUGAACUGCUCCAAACUGCCUACCAGGAACGACCCGAAUGCACUGUGCAUGGAAGCGCCAGAGAAUGACACCAAACCAGAACCUACGAAAGGAAAGGGAAUGCUUUUGGUGCCUCCGCGACCCAAACAACCUGGCCCAGGAAGUGGGCGUCCUGGGGGCUCCAUGGGGGUCUGUGAGAACCCAGAAAAAUUUCAGUAUGUGGAGAAGAGUGAGUCAUGUGCUCCACGUUGCUCCUCAGCUGUGGAUGUGUUCUGGUCGAGACAGGACAAGGACUUUGCAUUUAUCUGGAUGGCUGUGUGGUCCACUUUGUGUUUCAUUUCUACAGCUUUCACAGUCCUCACCUUCCUCUUGGACCCUCAUCGCUUCCAGUACCCUGAGAGACCCAUCAUAUUCCUGUCUAUGUGCUAUAAUGUUUACUCUGUAGCUUUCAUCAUUCGCUCAGUAGCUGGGGCAGAGAACAUUGCCUGCGACCGUGAGAAUGGGGAGCUUUAUAUUAUCCAAGAGGGGCUUGAGAGCACAGGCUGCACCAUAGUCUUCCUCAUCCUGUAUUAUUUUGGCAUGGCCAGUUCAAUCUGGUGGGUCAUUCUCACACUCACUUGGUUCCUGGCUGCAGGGAAAAAAUGGGGCCAUGAAGCCAUUGAGUCUCACAGCAGCUAUUUUCAUAUGGCCGCCUGGGGCAUACCUGCACUAAAGACUAUAGUCAUCCUCACAAUGAGGAAGGUGGCAGGCGAUGAGCUGACGGGGCUGUGUUACGUAGGCAGCAUGGACGUGGGGGCACUAACAGGCUUCGUCCUGGUUCCACUGUCCUGCUACCUUAUCAUCGGAACGUCGUUCAUCCUCACCGGCUUCGUUGCACUUUUCCACAUCCGGAAAGUGAUGAAAACUGAGGGCACCAAUACAGAGAAGCUGGAAAAGCUAAUGGUCAAGAUUGGCAUCUAUUCCAUCCUCUACACUGUUCCUGCAACCUGCGUCAUCAUUUGCUACUUCUACGAGCGCCUCAAUAUGGACUACUGGAAAUUCAGAGGGCUGGAGAGUAAGUGUACUACACUUCCAGGCCGAAGGAACGAGGACUGCAGUCUAGAAACUUCCGUGCCCACGGUGGCCGUGUUCAUGCUGAAGAUCUUCAUGUCGCUGGUGGUCGGCAUAACCAGUGGUGUAUGGGUGUGGAGCUCCAAAACCUUGCAGACCUGGCAGGGGCUAUGCAGCCAGAAACUGGCAGACAGGACUAGCAGGAAGUAUUGCAAUGGAGGGAGCUGCAGUAGCAGCCACUGCCAUUACAAAGCCCCAGCCGUGGUACUGCACAUGUCCAAGACUGACCCCUACUCAGACUGUCCCACGCAUGUAUGAGAAGAACUCGAGCGUGUGUUUGUGUGUUUUUGGAGCUCCACUCAGCUGAAAUGGAGAGAGUGACCUCAUUUGUAAUGUACUCUAUGGACUUGUACUACUCCUCCCAGCGUGUAUGACAGUGUUUGAGAGCAGGCUUAAAGAUCAUUUGUUCAUGCUAAGCAAAGUAAGUGAAAGUUGUGGGAAAAAAAAUGGACACGCAGCAAGCUAAAUGUUGCAGCUUUUCACUAAAGACUGGACUGAUAAUCAGUGUUUCACACUUAAAGGGAAUAUGUUUUAUUAUUGCUUUCUGUAGGAGUGCAAAAAAAGAGGAAAAUCUCACCUCAGUUAUGCAGUCCUGUACCUGUUACACACAUGCAUGGGGGUAUAAGACAUGUUCUUGUCCAUAUUAAGCUCAAUUUGUGGCAUUUCAUAGUUCUUAUUUAUUGUGUAUAUAUUUAACUUAGUUUGGUCUUGGUCUUUUUAAGUAAUGGCCUGUAUCUCUUUGUAAACAAGUUAUAUUGAUGGGCCAAAAUAAGAAAAAAUAA